ACGGCCGAGCCACUGUAGCUUCAGAACGACAAAGUCUCCACACCGAACAGUUGUGAGGUUUUUACCCAAAGCUGUUGAGGCUGAACCAUGGGGAAGAUACUGAUCAUAUGUCUGGUUCUGCUGGCCAUGGUGAAUGGGCUAGCUGCCCUGUCCUGUCUUCCGUGUGGGGAGUUUGAAUGUCAGGAACCUCCAAAGUGCAAGAGAAACGCAAACUACGUCAAGGAUGUGUGUGGAUGCUGUGACGUUUGUGCCAAGGUGAAGGGAGAGAGCUGUGGUGGACUGUGGAACCUGGAUGGAACCUGCGCAGAUGGACUGAUAUGUCAGGAACCCGACCCACCCACUCCUAAUGAAGAUGGCCUUAUUGCUUUCAAUCCUCAUGAACCCGGGACAUGUGUGAAAGAUAAGAAAGCCAAAAAGGAGAAAAAAGGGAGGAAGAGGCAUUACAGGAGGGAUAUUUUUGGGGAUUCGGAGAAAUAAUUCUCAACUCCCAGA